AUGUAUGUUUAUAUAUGCGUGUGUGUGCAAAUAACGGACGCAAUAAGAAUUGAAAAACGAAUAAAUCUGCGCUUACGUGAACUGCUAAAUUUGACAACAGCAACGGAAUCGUGGGAUGGCUCGGUAGUGGAUUUAGCUGCCACACUGGCUAUUCAGUUUUCCUACUACUUCGCUCCACCUUCCGAACGAAUGCAGAAUUUAAAAAGAUGCUAUUCAACAUUAUGCCGAAUAAUGGACGCUCAUCCACAGAAACAGUGCACUAAAAAGUAUUUGGAACUACUGCAAAUGCACCUGAAGAACAAUCCUUGUGAUCCGGCACGAGCGCUCAUUGAAGCAUCGGCGGUGGCGCAUCAAAAGUGUCCUACUGACAUCUCAAUUUUGAAGACCUAUAUAGAUGCGAAUGCAUUUGGAACACGUGUCGUUCACCUGCGAAAACUGCUUCAAAGUAACGUUAAAGAUGAGCGUGUAGCAUGUUGCCGCGCAUAUGGUUCCGUUUAUCUUGAACUUCUAUUGCAUCGAAUAAUGCUGGAGAAGACUGAAGUUUAUUCGGCCGAAUUGCAUCGACUCAGAGCGGCUGUGAAGAACGCAAGCGAAUCUGUCGGCCAUCGUGAUGAUACGUUCUGGCGCCUACUGCUUCUUGUUGAAAAUGAUAGGAAAGACGCACGUCGCGCCAGUGAGGCAUUCUACCUGGCAUAUGCUGAUUUCCCUUGGUCCAAAGCGCUUAUCAUGGAUUACAAGGACGUGAAAGCCGGCGAGCACGAGAAGUUGUUGGAUGCUUUGGCAGAAAAGAAGUUACGAAUUCGAUGUGAACAUGAAGAAAUCGCUAUGCUGGUGCACUAG